AAAGGUGCUUUGAUGGUGAUGAAGGGACAGAAAAUAAGCACGCUUUACAGAUUGAUUGGGAACACAGUUGUAGGCAGAGUUGCAGUCACCACUCCGGUGGAGUCCAUCACUAACGACACAAAAUUAUGACAUAUGCGACUUGGCCAUAUUGGUGAACGUGGUAUGUUAGAGUUGCACGAGAGAAAUUUAUUGAAAAGGGUGAAGACAUGCAAGCUAGACUUCUACAAGUAUUGUGUGUAUGGGAAGCAGCAUAGAGUCAAUUUUAAGACAGGCUCUCAUACAAGUAAGGGUGUUCUUGACUACAUUCAUUCAGAUGUUUGGGGUCCAGUAUCAGUUUCUUCUCAUAGCGGUGCUCAGUAUUUCGUCAGUUUCAUUGAUGACUACUUUAGAAAGGUAUGAAUUUAUUUUAUGAAGCAUAAGUCUGAUGUGUUUGGCAUAUUUAAAAGGUGGAAAGCACAGGUUGAGAAUCAGACUGGCAGGAAAAUAAAAUAUCUUAGAACAGAUAAUGGACUAGAGUAUAGAGAUAAAGAAUUCAUAAGAUUUUGUGAAUUAGAAGGCAUUACUCGUCACUUCACAGUUAAAGGAACUCCACAGCAGAAUGGGGUUGCAAAGAGAAUGAACAGAACCUUAGCAGAAAGAGCCAGAUGCAUGAGAUUGAAUGUAGGGUUGCCUAAGGUGUUCUAGGCAGAGACAGUUAACACAGCGAACUUCAUUAUUAAUAGAUCUCCAUCUUUAGCCAUUGAUUUCAAGAUUUCAAAAGAGGUUUGGUCAGGUAAACCAGUUGAUUAUUCGAGUCUAAAAAUCUUUGGUUGUCUAGCUUAUGUGUAUGUGCAGAGUGGAGAGCGUUCUAAAUUGGAUUCGAAGUCAAUAAAAUGUGUAUUUCUUGGUUUUGAAAAAGGUGUUAAAGGCUACAGGCUUUGGGAUCCAAUCUCAAAGAAAACAAUGACCAGCAGAGAUGUCAUAUUUGAUGAAGCCUUUAUGUUGAAACAGAAUGAAGCAAAGACAUGUGAUGAUAGUCCACAGGAGAAAUUAACUGUUGAGGUGGAGCUUGACGAGAAUAGUUCACCUAAUGAUAAGGGUGAUGUUGAGAUUGAUCCACAGCAGCAACAAAAAGAGUCUUAUUCAAUUGCUAAAGGUAGAGAGAAGCGGGUUCACAAAGCACCACAGAGAUAUGGCUUUGAAGACAUGGUUAGCUUUGCUCUCAUAACUAGUAGUGGAGAUCCAUCGUCUUACAGGGAUGUAGAAGAGAUGGGGUCACUACAGAAGAAUAAGACUUGGGAAUCUUCUAGUAUGUUGACAAAGUCAGUUCCAACAAAUAAGUUCAAGAGCUACUUGGACUUGGUUGAUGUUUGCAGCUUGUAAGCCCUUAUGGGCUAAGGUAGAGGCGAUGGAGGAGUUUGCUCGUGUAGCUUGAUCAAUUCAAGCCAAGGUGGAGAUUUGUUGAUGUGGGCCAUGUGGCUUGAAUUGCCAA